GGCCAUCCCGUCGUAAUCGGCUGUCGUGAAGUUGCAAAAAAAAAAAACGAACGGGGAUAAAGGAAAAAACGAACUAUCAUCCGUCUUGUUUUAAUUUUAAUUUAUCAUUAUUAUUUUUUUUCCCCUCGUCUCAUGAGUUGUAAAUUCGAUCCGUAAAUCGGCCGAUGCCCGAUUGUGUCUCAAUCGCAAGUUUCAACUCUGCCGGACGCUCGCACGAUCGGUCGCAUUAAAUAAUAAUUGUCAGGAACGCGUGCGGGGUACAUUAUACGAAAUAAAUUUGUUAAUGACCAGAACACAACGCGGCGAGACGACGACGGUAGAGACGGAAUUCGUGAAAUGUCACGUCAUGAAGGUGUUAGCUGUGAUGCAUGUAUGAGAGGAAACUUUAAAGGACGUCGUUUCAAAUGUUUAAAAUGCUACGACUAUGAUCUAUGUGCUCAUUGUUACGAAGCAGGCGCAACCACACCACGUCAUUCAGUUGAUCACCCAAUGCAGUGUAUUUUAACACGUGCUGACUUUGAGCUAUAUUAUGGUGGCGAAUCAUUGGCAUCUGAUCAGCCACAAGCAUUCACAUGUCCUUUUUGUGGACGUAUGGGUCUUACAGAAGUGGUUCUAACAGAACAUGUCACAGCUGAACACCCAGAUUCUACUACUGAAGUUGUGUGCCCAGUUUGUGCAGCACACCCAGGAGGUGAUCCAAAUUUGUUGACUGAUGAUUUUUCAGUUCAUUUACAAAUGCAACAUCGUGCCAGUCCAAGUGUUCCAAGAGAUUUAAUUUCAUUUUUAGAUGAACCUGUUGCAAGACAUUCUGUUCGGCGUAUACCACAGUCUGCAAGAGGUAUGGGAAGUACAAGGGUUCGAAGAGCAAUCAAUUUCAGGUACCGGGCAGCAAAUGGUGGAACGAGAGAUGGUUCGGAUCCAAUUGCUGAGCUAUUAUCACAGUUAAGUGGAGUUCGUAGAGCACAAUCAAAUAGUGUGCCUGGAUCGUCAGCAAGCAGCUCACAAGGCACUCACAAUGUUUCUUCACAGCUGCAACAGUUGCAGAUGCAGCUGCAGCUUGAAAGACAACAAGUCAGGGCUGCAAGACAACAACUAGAACGUCUACCUCGUCGCCAAGGACAUGGCUCAUCUGCAGCAGCUGCAUCAUUAGCUAACAAUAAUAUAGUUGGAUCUGGAGCUCCAACACAAGCUGCUGGUACAUCAUCAAACUUACUUAGUAUUCAAGUUGUAGAUUCAAACUCUAACCAAAAUCAGUCUGCACGUAAUAGUUCAUCACAAUUUCUUAUCAAAUAUAUUGAUGCUCCACUGAAUGAAUCUGAACAGCAGAAAUUGGAAAUAGAUCGUGCUGACCGUAGUUUCUUUAUGCAAGAAUUAUUAUUAUCUAUGUUAACUCCAAAUGGAGCCAUGCCAGCAACAAUAACUGCCAAAAAAGACCAGUCGCCAUUAGCCACAGUAGCUCAACCUCAGAUAUUCUUCACCACCCAGUCGCAAUAGGCAAGCCGUAAUGCAAUCACAAAUUCCACAGCCAGCAGCCAAUGUUAGAAAACAACCUAAAGUCUCUGAUCCAUCACCAUCGCAUUGAACUAAUUGGUAAAAUCCGGUUGCUGCUUAACAAAUUCAACAUGAAAUGUCUAGUCGUGUACUGGUGUUGUGUAACACUUAAAAUUAAAGUAAAAUAUUUAGGAUGAUUUUUUUCGAUAGAUUUCAGUUUAGUUAUAUGCAUAUAUAAACAAAUAUUAAUGAUAACUAAUUCAAAACGGUAUGUUAUAUAUAUAUAUAUAUUUUUGUGUAUUAAAAAAAACAAAAAACAAAAAAAAUAUACUGGUCUUUAAAUAAUUUAACAUUGAUUUAUCGCUUAAGUUAUUAAACUAAUCGCUUGAAUUCAUACGUCUGGAAUUUUAAACGCGGUAUUUCUCUAUUGUGAUAUUGGAAUUAAUAAUUAUAUUUUGUUAAGAACAAAAUUGAAUAUAAAGUUGAUAAACUUAGUAAAUAUAUUGUAAAUAUGUCUAGCCAUUGUUA